CGCCAGCAAAUAAAAAGAAGAACUUCAAAAAAAAUAAAAAUAUUCUUAGUUGCCUUCUUCUGGGGUCUCUGGUGGUGGUGACGAUCGGAGAGAGAGAGAGUUCAUUGAUUCAUUAAGGGAUUAAAUUUAAUAUUAAUCGAAUCGAAAGGAAUUGGAGAGAGAGAGGGGGGAUUGAAUUUGUGUUGUGAUUCGAGCUCUCGACGAAAACCGGUUUUGAGAUUUGAAUUUGAAUUUGAAUUUGGCGUUGUGAUGGGUUUAGGAAACAAAUUCAAUUUCGGAGAUGAUAAUGAUCUCCCCGAAGAAGGAGAUGGUAUUGGAUCGGUUGCGUGUUCGAUUUGUCUCGAUACGGUCGCUAAAGACGGAGAUCGAGCCUGGGCUAACCUUCAAUGUGGCCACCAGUUCCAUCUUGAUUGUAUUGGCUCAGCUUUCAAUGCAAAGGGGGUGAUGCAGUGCCCAAACUGUAGGAAAGUAGAGAAAGGCCAGUGGCUUUACGCUAACGGUUGCCGUUCACACCCUGAAUUCAAUGUCGAGGAUUGGGUUCACGAAGAAGAGAUUUAUGAUAUCGGAAGUUACUCUGAAAUGGCUUUUGGAGUUCACUGGUGCCCAUUUGGAGGUUCAGCGCGUCUUCCUUCUUUCGAGGAUGGAGACUUUUCGCCGAGUUCAUAUCACGAUCUCUUGAACCAGCAAGGUUACUUUACAGAACCAGCAGCUCCAACAGCGGGUCACCCAUGUCCAUACGUAACCUACAUUGGCCCGGUUCAUUCGUCUUCCUCAAGCCCUGGCGGUGCUACAGACAAUCCAAGUUUCACUAGCCUCUGGAACACCGGCUCAUCGAAUUCCCCUGAAGUCCCAACUCCUUAUGGUUUCCCUGUGGAUCCACACUAUCACGGCUGGGAGUAUCACUCACCUCCACCCCCACCGCCACAGCACUUCUCUGCUUCUGGCCCUCACGUGGGCAGCCCAACUCACCCCACGCCUCCACCAGCUGCUGCAAGAACUUCCCGAGCCAACGGCUCGGAAGCUAUCAGACCAAGACUGCCGCAGUUCAUGCGUCCAUCAUAUCAUGGUCACAGUUCCAGUGGUAGAGCGGGGAGCUCGGUGGCAUCUGUUCCGAGGACUCCACCUUUUCCAGGAAGCAACGUUCGGACCAGAGACAGAACACAAGCUCUUCAAGCCUAUUACCAACAACAGUCUUCUGCUCAGUCACACCAACCAGACUCACCUAUAGUCUCUCGUGUGCCUGUAUUCCCCUCUGGACGGAGGCCGAGUAGAGGAUCAACUUCAUCUUCUUCUGAUCAGGCAGGCGGGAGCGGGUUUCUCCGGUUUAACAUAUGGGAGAGAGAACCUUAUAUGCAACAACCGCAACAAGCUUACCCGGUUAACCAGAUGGACAGAGAACCAUCCAUUUGGGCAUCUCCCUUCAACGAAGCAGCAGCGAGCUUCCAUCAGAGGCAUGGAGGUGGAGGACCACCGUAAGAGUUUGAGUCAGUUGCCGGCGAGGGCAAUUCUCAAUACCAUAAAGGAAAAAAACAUUGGGAAGUUGAUAUUUGAUAAAACAUGAAAACACUCACUGCAUGCUCUCAUGUUAUGUGAUGAAUUGAUAAUAUAAGAACACAAAUGAAUGGUAUGUAUUGUUUGGAGAGAGACUGCUUCCCCUGUUUGUUGGUGGCCGUGCGGUUCGAGCCGGUUUGGGUCUGGUUUAGAUCCGGGUAGCGAAGAGGUCGUUGGAUAUUUGUUUUUCUUGAUGUAGGUAGACACUGGGUAUCCAAGUGAAUUACCCUACUGCAACAUUUUCCUUCUUAAUAUGUUAAUUUUUAAGUAAAAUGGUGUUUGUUUUCUAUGCGAAAUGAAAUGAAUGUCAAAUUACCAUAUACUAAAGUCUAUAUAUGUAACAACAAAAUAGAAUAAUCUAAGCAACAUCUGUGUAUAUGUUCA